UAUGGGGCUUGCAUAUUUUCUUCUGGAGUUCGCUUUUGCAGUGAUUGCAAUCACUUUAGCUGCGUGCAUCUAUCUAAAGUAUGUGACCUUCAACUACUGGAGUCGGAAAAACGUUGACUACGUCAAACCGGUUGUACCUAUUGGCAACAUGGGACCGAUCUUUGCAGGAAGACGCUCAUUUGGUGAAAUGAUCCGCGACGCUUACUUGGACUUGAAGGCCAGCCGAAUUUUCGGCGUCUUCAUGUUCCAUCAGCCGGUUCUUGUUGUUGCGGAUCCGGACUUGAUCCGUAUGGUCCUGACAAAAGAAUUCACGCAUUUCCAUGACCGUGGUAUGUACUGCAAUGAAGAGUCCGAUCCGUUAUCGGGUCAUCUUUUUUCGGUGGCUGGCAGCAAGUGGAGGUUCUUAAGGUACAAGUUCUCCCCCGUAUUCACCGCGAGCAAGAUGAAACAGAUGUUAUUCACCAUCAAGGAAAUCUCGGAGACCCUGAAUCACCGCGUUGCUAAAGACGCUGAGAAAUCCGGGCUCAUCGAGGUCAAAGAACUCAUGGCGAGGUUCUCCACUGACGUGAUCGCCUCGGUUGCCUUCGGCAUAAAAUGCAACAGCCUUGAGAAUACGGAAGCAGAAUUCCCGACGAUGGGUCGCAAGGUCUUCGAACGAAGAACGCUGGUUAACCUGAUCGCGAUCCUGUGCCCGUACGUUUUACACCUGUUGAAUAUUUCAGUCUUUGGGAAGGAGGCCCCGAAAUUCUUCAUCGGUGUUUUUGAGGAGGCUGUAAGGUUUAGAAGGGACAAUAAAGUCGUUCGGAAUGACUUUCUGAACGUGGUUAUUCAGCUCAUGAACAAAGGCUACAUCGCCAGUGACAAUGACAAGACUUCAGCAACCUUGGCAGUUUCUGAAACAACCUACCCUCCAGAAAAUUUUGAGAAUCGGAAAAUCACGAUGCUAGAGGGUGCAGCACAGGCCUUCGUCUUCUGGCUCGGUGGCUUCGACACGUCGUCAUCGACGGUGACCUACUGCCUCUACGAGUUGGCGUUGCACCAGGUGUUGCAGGACAAAGUAGCAGAAGAGGUGAACAGAGUCUUGGAAGAAUUCGGAGACGUGUCAUACGAGAGCAUCAGGGCGAUGGACUAUCUUCACAAAGUCGUCUCCGAGACUCUGAGGAAGUAUCCGGUAAUUCCGAUCCUAAACCGAGAGUGCAGUGCAGAUUUUGAGUUCCCGGAAACUGGCCUCCGCAUAGAGAAGAAGACUGCAAUUAUCAUCCCGGUUCUCGGACUCCAUUGGGAUCCCGAACUUUAUCCAGAACCGGACAAGUUCGACCCGGAACGCUUCGACACGGUGAACAUCGCCCGCAGGCAUCAGUACGCCUAUUUACCGUUUGGGGAAGGGCCGAGGAACUGCAUCGGCAUGAGGUUUGGACUACUCCAGACGAAAAUUGGCCUUGCCAGCUUACUGUCCAAGUACCGUUUCACUCCUGGACCAGAUCUUCAGGUGCCUCUGGUGAUGGAUAGUGCCAGCUUUGUCCAGGUUCCAGCAAACGGAGUGAUGCUUCGUGUCGAAAUGCGAAGCUCACAACAGUCUGAAACUCGGACACCUUUACUCGUGCUUGAGCCGUUGUGACUUUGGCAAAUAGCAAGUCUACUAUGCCUACAGGGCAUUCCAUGUCAAAUCGCCAAGUUUUCACCAUCACUACUUUUAAUUUGAAUAGAAGAUCUUUUGGGACUACU